CAAGCAACAACGAAAAGAAGCAAUGAACAGAAAACAUCUGAAAAGACAAAAAAAGCAUCAGCAUAUGAACAAAAGAAAAAAACACCAGUAGAAGACAACAAACUAAAAGAGUAUCAAUGA